GGAAAAAGGAAAUAAAAAUUAGUACAAACUUGGUGUUGCUGGUCAAGUCAACGAUUAUGAGUGGCAUCUCUCUACUAAGCGCCGAAGUUGUAACAAUAGCACAGAGACACAUACGGUUGUUCAUUUUGAAUUAAAUCUACUGAUCCCAAUGGAAGAAUUCAAACGGUUAGAAAAGCAGAAGCUGAAUAUUGAGGAAGAGUUGAAGGAACUGCAAAGUGUUUUACUACGAGAAAAUGUUACGAUGAAUACUCCAUUAGUAACACAAGAUGGGUUUCCCAGGUCCGAUAUCGACAUUACUACAAUUCGACCCACGAGACAUAAAAUAAUCCUGCUUCGAAACGACUAUAAAAAGGUGGAAGAAGAAAUUAAAAAAGUAUUGGAAAAAGUUCUUUCAGCAGAAGCAGCUGAGUCUAAUCUUACAAACGGAGCUUCCGAAUCGCAGCUCAAGACAAGUACUAAAGAUGAGGCUGCAAAUGUUGAUGGAUCUUCUCUGAACAAAAACCAUGAAAAAGUUUUACAAAGAUCUUCUAUCUUGGGAAGGCCGAAACCAUUUUGCGUCGUAGACUCAGUGGCCGUAGAUAGCCCAGCCCAAGAAGCUGGACUUUGCGUCGGAGAUGAGAUUAUAAGCAUUCAAAACUGUACAAGCUUGGCGUCUUUGCCAGAAGUUGUUUUAGGAAGCAUUGAAAAGAACUUGCAUGUGUUGUUAAUUCGUGGAUAUGAUGCUGACGAUUCACCAAGAGUCUAUCAACUCUCUCUUAGACCCCAUACUUGGCAAGGCCCUGGCGUAUUGGGUUGUCAUUUACGUUGAAACUUACGAUAAAGAGAAAUGGCAAUAAAUGAGAAUAAAAACAAAAAGAUUCCAAUGUGAAAGAAUGAUACCAAGGACAAACUUUGAGAACAGCAUGAACAACUGUUAUGAAUGAAUAAAGAAAACGCCUUUUCUCCUAAUCGACAAGACUCUACGUUUGAAAUGAGUGUAUUUGUUAUGAAAUAUUUGUAAUCACUUAGUUUACAAAAUGCUAGUUUGUUGAUAAGAAUAUUUUUAAAAGUUAGAACGCUUAUGCACUAGAUUUUUGAAAAA